GCGCAUGCGCGGGCGCGGGGGGCGGUGCUUCCGGCCGGUGGAGACUGAGCUUGCGACACCGGUGGGACGGAACCCGAGUGUUGACCCCCGACCCCGACCCCAAACUAAGCCCUAAUUCGGGACGUAUUUUUGACUGACCCCGGCCCCCGACUACCCGCAUGGCCCGCCACGUGUUCCUGACGGGACCCCCAGGGGUUGGGAAAACAACACUGAUCCAGAAAACCUGUGAGGUGUUAAGGUCCUCCGGUGUGCCUGUGGAUGGAUUUUACACAGAAGAAGUCAGACAGGGAGGGAGAAGAAUAGGAUUUGAUGUCGUCACAUUGUCCGGCUCCCGGGGUCCCUUAUCUAGAGUUGGGUUGGAGCCUCCACCUGGAAAACGUGAAUGUCGAGUUGGCCAGUAUGUGGUUGACCUGACUUCUUUUGAGCAGUUGGCGCUUCCUGUCUUGAAAAGUGCAAGCUCCAGCAGCGGCCCAGGGCAGAGAGUGUGUGUCAUUGAUGAGAUUGGGAAGAUGGAGCUCUUCAGUCAGCCCUUCAUCCAGGCUGUUCAUCAGACACUGUCCACCCCAGGAACCAUAAUUCUUGGCACAAUCCCAGUCCCUAAGGGAAAGCCACUGGCCCUUGUGGAAGAAAUAAGAAGCAGAGGUGACGUCAAAGUGUUCAGUGUCACUAAGGAAAACAGAAACCACCUUCUGCCUGAUAUUGUGACGUGUGUGCAGAGCAGCAGGAAGUGAAGACAGCUCAUGUUCCACAUGGGGAGAAGCACCGGCUCCAAGAGCAGCCUGGUGGGUGCCUGGCUGGUCAAGGUCUUAUGUCUUCAGGUUUAGGAGACCUUGUGGACUUUUCCAAACACAGUUUGACAGCUGUUCUCCAUAAAAUGUUUGAAAGCUCAGAUUAGCCUUGUUGCUGGAUUGACAAGGCAGGAUUAACAAUCCGCUGUGGCUUUUUUAUGCUUAAAGUUUUCAGUUUAUUUCCCCUUGCAGUCAUGCACAUGAUUUGAGUAAAUUAUGAAAUCAGAAAUGGUUUUCAGAGUAUUCAAUGGAAUUCCCCCUCACUGAAGUUUAUGAAUGUGUUCAGGAAAUAGGGGACAAAAAGAGUUCACCAUUUAAUCAGUUUUGCAUGUUAGGAAAAUUCAGUUUCUCUCCAGGUACAGCUUCAGGAUUAUGCAGUUUAAAGGGAUAGUAUUUGAUGAUAUUAAGGAGAUGGUUAUUUGAUUAUUAUUUUUUAAUUUUUUAAAAAACCUGUUAGAUUAUCUUCCCCUAUCUCUCAUUGUUUGGUUAGUUGUUCUUUAAUAAAUAUAAAAGUAACUCUGGUGUUUACCAACACAUGAGUCCUUGAAAAGGAGGGUUUCGCAGUCUUUAGAACACUGUCACUCUGUUUCAGUGCACUGAAUGGCUUGGGGCUCACAUCAUGACCCUGCUAUGGCUGAGUUCUCUUGGGCUCUUUGGUUCCUUUUUGUGCCUAGUUUCUCUUGCAGAGUGGG